GGGACAGUAUCAUGCAACGUCCAAAUAUGAAAUCGAGGACAUGCUGAGCAAAGUAGGACUGGCGCAGAAGAUGUCUUCAUAUGCAAUCAACUUGUCUGGUGGUCAGAGACGGAAACUCUCUGUAGCAUGCGCAUUUAUUGGAAAUAAUAAGGUAAAAAUCCAAUCCUUUUUUUCUAUGCUUGUGAAUACAGGACUAUUUAAAUAGAUAAGGAUAAUUUACGAAUUUUACGCUCCCUGAGGCUGACGCCUGCAUUGACUGCCCCUUUGCCCCCCACACACAUUUUUUGCAAUGCCCUAUUUCCAUCACCUGGUUGAAACCAAAUCGAUUCCCAGAGCUGCCAGGUGCAUAUUGGAGGUCUUCUGCAACUUUUCAUGUUUUGUUUUUAAUCCAGCUGUUCAAAGCAAUAUAAAAUAUAUCCUUUAAAUUCCCUCUUCAACGUCACAACUUUAGGCAUCUUAAAUAAAUGACCCGUAACCCCUUCCAUCCACAGCCGCAUGGGUUUCAGGACCCAUAUGAUGCCUUUGCACCCUCAAUAAGUAAAUCAUAUCUUGGGGGUGAAAAGGCUUUCUUUUAUCUUUCCAAGCAGUUAUGUGUAAUUUUGUCAGAAACUCUCCAAGCUGUUAUGAGUAAUUUUGUACGAAACACGAAACUUCCUGGGGUGCACUAAGCUCCAGGUGUAUCAGUACUAAAUAUUUGUUGAUCUUUCAGCUAGUCCUCAUGUAACUGAGUAAAAGUAAAAAAAAUUAAAGAGUUAAUACUAUGGAAGAGUUCAUGCAUUAUGUUGUGUUAGAACCUGAUGAAUAAAGUGUAUUGGUGAGGUGAGAAACCUUGUCAAGGAAGCUGUUGAAUGGCUAGCUGUUAAAACUGGAAUGGGAUUUUGUUUAUAACUAGAUUUCUUUGUUCCUAUGGCGAUGAAGAUGUGCGUUUUUUAUUAUUUUGUUCAAGACUGUAUUCCUUGAUGAGCCAUCAUCUGGCCUUGACCCCAGUGCUCGACGUGAACUCUGGGACUUCCUGAAAGACAUGCGCCAUGGGCGUACCAUUCUCCUUACA